UUCUUUUUCGAUAAUUUAGUAUUUCUCUCAUCUCAAUACGUCGAAUCCAGUUUAACGUGGGCCCCUGCCAAGGAAAAGCGGGGCGGCGACGGCUCGCCUACCGUGUCGUCCCACGUGUGUAUCCACCGUCGAAAAGUAGGAAAAGAGCAAGAGCCAAACCACAAUCCGACGGUCUUUAUUGGUCGAUCUGCAAACGGGGCCCCCCGCAAUCACGCCGUUGGUUCCCUGGUGCCAACCUGACGACAGCUGGCGCGUUGGGAAGUGCAGUACCUUUCUCCACGCUCGCAUGCUCAACCCGCAAAACGUACCCCUUCCAUCGAUUGCUCCACCAGCUGCGCGACCCCCUUCCAGCGGAGGCGUCCGUUUCCACGAGGAGGGGUCUGAGACCGCAAGACAGUGGAAGCCUGCCCAAAAUUCCCACUUCCCAUCAAAUUAGUGGCGCACUACAAAAGCCGGAGAAGUGGAUAGCUCAACGGCAGGCGCAGUGCUCCACCGCGAAAUCCCGCGGUUUUGGCCGUCUUCUCGCUCGCUGCCCUCCGACCUCCUAAUUUUUUUAGCUGAAAUCCACAGAUUUCCGCUGGCUGUAGUGAAAUGGAAGAACUUGCCCCGUAGCUUUCAGCAAUCCACAGAUCGCUUUCUUCCCCAAAAACCCCUUCGUUCUCUCUUCUUUUUUAGCUUCGGCGCAGAUCGCAGACUUCCUUCUUUCCACAUGAGGAACCAUCUCGGCAUGUCUCCCGGCCUUCUCUCCGCUUCCUUACUGUUCUUGGUGAUUGCUCCGAUCUCGAUCGCCGCGGACGACUCCAGCUAUGUUCCCCGGGACAACAUCCUCCUGAAUUGUGGCGCCUCAGGGCAGGCCAAAGACACCGACUCCCGAAUCUGGACCGGAGACACCGGUUCCAAGUACGGCCCCUCCUUGAACGUUGCAGGACUGACGGCCUCCCUGCAAGACUCCUCGGUCCCCCAAGUCCCGUACAUGACGGCCCGGGUCUUCACCUCCCCCUACACCUUCUCCUUCCCUCUCGGCCCCGGCCGGAAGUACAUCCGCCUCCACUUCUACCCUUGUAAUUAUUCCACCCAUGCCGCAUCCGACGCCCUCUUCUCCGUAACCUCCGACUCCCACACCCUCCUCAGCAACUUCAGUGCCUACCUGACGGCCGAUUCCCUCAAUUAUGCCUACCUCACCCGCGAGUUCUCGGUCAAUGUCUCCACCGGCGGCCUCAACCUCACCUUCACCCCAUCCACCGCCCAUCCCCAAGCUUAUGCCUUCGUGAACGGCAUCGAGGUCGUGUCGAUCCCCGACAUCUUCGGCUCGGCAAACCCUAUGCUUGUUGUGGGUGGUGGCACUUCCGUGCAGUACUCCAUCGACCAGGACUGGGCUCUGGAGACCAUGUACCGGCUCAACGUGGGUGGGCAGUCUCUUUCCCCUACCCAAGACUCGGGCUUGUUCCGCUCUUGGAACGACGACUCUCCGUACAUCUACGGAGCUGCGUUCGGCGUGACCUACUCCAGUGAUCCCAACGUCACCAUCUCUUACCCAUCUGCUCUCGCCAGCUACAUUGCACCGUCGAAUGUCUACUCGACGGCGCGGUCGAUGGGGCCGGAUGCACAUGUCAACCUGAACUAUAACCUCACAUGGAUUCUCCCCGUCGACGCUGGUUUCUACUAUCUCUUGAGGUUCCAUUUCUGCGAGAUCCAGUAUCCGAUGACCAAGGUGAAUCAACGGGUCUUUGACAUCUUCGUCGACAACCAGACCGUGCAGCGAGGGGCUGAUGUGAUCGCUUGGAGCUCCGGCAUCGGUGUCCCCGUCUUCGAGGACUAUGUGGUGAUCACAGCAGGAAGCGGGCAGAUGGAGAUGCGGAUCGCGCUUCAUCCGGAUACCGAAACCAAGCCGCAGAUGUUCGAUGCUAUCUUGAAUGGGCUCGAGGUUUUCAAGUUGCAGAACGCCAAUGGCAGUCUCGCUGGACUUAAUCCACCGCUGAGGCCUGAGCCGGAGGUGGAUCUUGGCAAGGUUUCGGACGGGAAGUCCAUGAAACCCAAGAGUGGGACCGCGGCCAUCGCCGGUGGAGUUGCGGGAGGCUUCGCGUUCUUGCUUGCUCUUCUCUGUCUUACCGCCAUCUGCAGACGACAUAAGAAGAAGAAGAAGGGGAAGGAUGCCGUUAGCAGCGACGGGCCUUCCGGUUGGUUGCCGCUCUCUCUGUACGGCAAUUCACAUUCGGCUGCGUCGGGGAAGACGAACGCCACGGGGAGCUACGUCUCGUCGCUCCCCACCAACCUUUGCCGCCACUUCUCGUUCGCGGAGAUUAAGGCCGCCACGAAAGAUUUCGACGAGUCCCUCCUCCUCGGGGUUGGCGGUUUCGGAAAGGUGUACUGCGGGGAGAUAGACGGCGCCACCAAGGUUGCCAUCAAGCGCGGCAACCCGAUGUCGGAGCAAGGCGUCCAUGAGUUCCAGACCGAGAUCGAGAUGCUCUCCAAGCUCCGCCACAGGCACCUCGUCUCCUUGAUCGGGUACUGCGAGGAAAACUGUGAGAUGAUCCUGGUAUACGAUUACAUGGCCCACGGAACGCUUCGGGAGCACCUCUACAAGACACAGAAGCCACCUCUCACCUGGCGGCAGCGACUGGAGAUCUGCAUCGGGGCUGCUCGCGGCCUGCACUACCUCCACACCGGUGCCAAGUACACCAUCAUCCACCGAGAUGUGAAGACGACCAACAUUCUGUUGGAUGAGAAGUGGGUGGCGAAGGUGUCGGACUUCGGUCUUUCCAAGACUGGCCCGACGCUGGACAACACCCAUGUCAGCACGGUGGUGAAGGGCAGCUUCGGAUAUCUCGACCCAGAGUACUUCAGGCGGCAGCAGCUCACCGAGAAAUCCGAUGUCUACUCCUUCGGGGUGGUGUUGUUCGAGGUCCUCUGUGCUCGGCCAGCCCUAAACCCGUCGCUGCCAAAGGAGCAGGUGAGCUUGGCGGAGUGGGCAGUGCACUGCCAGAAGAAGGGAACACUCGACCAGAUCAUGGAUCCCUACCUGAAGGGGAAGAUUGCGGCGCAGUGCUUCAAGAAGUUUGCAGAGACUGCCAAGAAGUGCGUGGCGGAUGCGGGAACGGAACGGCCAUCGAUGGGCGAUGUGCUUUGGAACCUCGAGUUUGCGCUCCAGCUGCAGGAGAGCGCGGAGGAGAAUGGCAGUCUCGGUGACGGGAUCUCAGAAGAGACGGCAUCAUCGGUUGUGAUGGAUGGAAAGAAGGUUGCUGAUGAUCCAUCAAGCGAGCCGAGCACCACCACCACCACCACGAUAAGCAUCGGAGGGAGGAGUGUGGGUAGCGAGGACUCCGAUGGAUUGACGCCCAGUGCGGUGUUCUCACAGAUCGUGAACCCAAAGGGCCGGUGAGUUCAUCACGCCGGUGGAGGGUGGCAUCGACGUACCGUCUUCUGUAUUCGUCCAGCUUGUGUUGUAGUAGCAGUACUAGUACUAGUAGUAGUCUGAUGCCUUUGUAUGCUGUGCCUACCUGAGUCCAAAAAAACGUAUUAGCCUCCAGCUAAUAAUAUAUUCAAUUACUGCAAA